GCCGCCUUCGUGCUAGUGCUGGCCCAGCCCGCCGCGGCGCAGUCAGGCAGCUCCUGCUUCACCCCGGACGACAGGCCCGGCUCCUGCAUCCCCGUGGUGCGCUGCCCGCCGCUCGUGGCGCUGCUCCGGAAGAAGCCCGUGCCCCCCGAGAGCGUGCAGUUCCUGCGCAACAGCCAGUGCGGCUUCGAGGCCGCCGCCCCUUUGGUGUGCUGCCAGAACACGGACGACCGCGCGCCGAGCCCCGCCGUGAGGCCGGCGACGAGCGACCGGCCGGACCCCGUGACGCCCUUGCCCAAAUCGCCCAGCGGCCCCAGCCCGCACGACGGCCACCCCAACGCCGGCCUGCUGCCCACGGACGUGUGCGGCAUCGACCUCCACCAGCACAUUAUCUUCGGCGGCAACAAGACCGAGCUCGGCGAGUUCCCCUGGAUGGCGCUGCUGGAGUACCGCAGCCCCCGCGGCCAGCUCGGCUUCUACUGCGGCGGCGUGCUCAUCGCCAAGCGCUACGUGCUCACGGCGGCCCACUGCGUCCAGGAGGACGCCAUCCGACUCGUGAGCGUGCGCCUGGGCGAGCACGACACCAAGACCAGCCCGGACUGCAGGCCGGACUUCUUCGGCGGCCAGAUCUGCGCCGCCCCCGCCGUGGACGUGCCCGUCGAGCGCGCCAUCCCGCACCCUGAGUACGCCAAGAAUGACCCUAACCACUACCACGACAUCGCCCUGCUCAGGCUCUCGAGGGACGUGCAGUUCACUGACUGGAUCGCGCCAAUCUGCCUGCCGGCGAGCAGCGAAGUCGCCGCCAAGUCCUACGUGGGCAAGAGGCGGUGGGUGGCGGGCUGGGGCAAGACGGAGACGCGUUCCGAGAGCGACGUGAAGCUCAAGCUGGCCGUGCCCGUGGUGUCCAACGCGGACUGCCAGCCCGUGUACCAGAAGGCGGCGGUGCGCCUCAGCAGCGGCGGCCAGCUGUGCGCCGGCGGCGCGCAGGGCCGGGACUCCUGCAACGGCGACAGCGGCGGGCCCCUCAUGGGCCCCGACCUGCACGAGAGCGGCGACAUCCGCUGGUUCAGCACGGGGGUCGUGGCCUUCGGGCCCCGCAACUGCGGCACGCGCGGCUGGCCCGGCGUGUACACCAGGGUGGCGCACUACAUGCCCUGGAUCCUCGACACCAUCAGGGACUAGGCCAGUGGGCCACACACCCUGGUCUGGCAUAUCGACCCCGGGGGCGGCGUCCCCGAGGACGAGGAUGGGCCCUUGCCCGUGGUGACGCGGGUCUUGGCCUCCAGGAAGGCGACGAGUCGUUGCUGCCAUGCCCACGAGCACUUCACCGCGGGGACACCUAGGACUCUUCACUGAAAAUCUAUCGGCGUGACUUCGUGCCGCUGCAGGGGCGCGCGAAUAAAGUGUCACCCCCAAAAACGGCAUGACAGAAAAGUCAUGUCAUAUAUCGGCGUGACUCAAAAAUUCA